AUGCAGCAAUAUCCUAGUGCGGCGCCUGGCAGGACUUGGCAGCAGCUAGCUGCACUAGCGAAAACUUCGCCUGCUGUGGACUAUGCACUUGUCGAGGCUCUUCGUGCCAGAACGGACCUCCCACGAACUGCUCGCGUGGCCAUAGAAUCUCUACACGGGGUGAAUGGAUUUCCUGCGGAUGCGUGGAAGGACUACUAUCUGGAGUUCCAAGAUCGCAUAGAUGCUCAACUACACGGAACUGGGAAGAAAGGUCUGAAUGGAACGCACCCGAACACUAAGGCGACCACUCCUGUUGAUCUGAAGGUGAAAACCGAAUCCAGGUCUAGGGCUCCUGCGGCUGCCGGUGGGAAGUCCGCGACUGUAAAGCGACCCAAGGUUGUCGUGCCUUCUCCCUCCGUCAGCUCGGAAUCGUCAGAAUCGGAAUCAGAGUCCGACGCUUCUCCUGCCGUGCGCUCGAAGCGCAAGCGUCCCGCGUCACCGAAAAACAAGAUAAGAAUAAAACGUGAAGCAUCGACGCCCACGUUGUCUAAACCCCCUGCGGCUCCCUCAGGAUCUGCUCCCCCUGCACGGAGAGCGACGUUCAACAGUCUCGUGUCUCAACUCGACGCGCCACCGGAGGAUUGGAAUAUACCUGUUCCGUCGCGGUCGCCUACGCCGCCCAAUAUGGAAACGAUCAUACCCGCUGAUCGCGGGAAGCGACAGGCCAACAAGUUCACUGACCAGGAUAGGCAAUACGUCAUCAAAUUCCUUACGUACGAAUUACACAAGGACCCCGACGCGUCGAAGGGAGAGCUAGCAGAUAAAAUCGGCGACAAGGCUCCCCACCAUCCGGCGCGCUCUUGGCAAAGUUACUUUAAUCGCGAUGAUCUGAUCGACAAGAUUCGUAAUCUCGUCCCUAGCUCGGAUGAAGAUGCAGAAGGAUCAACGGAAGACUAA